AUGGUAUCCUAUACGCCCUUACCAUUGUCGUCACCAGGCCUCGGCCAAAGGGACACGCCAUCAUCACUCAAAGUUGGUCUUUAUAUGACCGCGUGGAUUGUCUCAUCGAAUAUCACUAUUCUAUUUAAUAAAUGGCUCCUUGAUACAGCUGGGUUCACUAUCUUACUCGUGACGUGGCAUCUCGUCUUUGCCACUGUCAUCACCCAAAUAUUGGCCCGCACAACGACUUACCUCGACAGCCGUCAUGAACUUCCAAAUAGCUGGGACUUUUACCUCACCACAGUUCUACCCAUCGGCAUUGUGUCAUCUGGGUCGCUAGUUGCAUCCAACUUCGUCUACCUGUACUUGUCGGUGGCGGUUAUUCAGAUGCUAAAGGCGGCGUCGCCCGUUUCAGUCAUGCUUGUUUCAUGGCUAUUCGGCGUCAUGGAUCCAACUAUCGGAAAGAUUGCCAACAUUCUUGUGAUUGCGAUGGGCGUUGCAGUCGCAAGUGCUGGCAUGAUCGAGUUCUCCGUAAUUGGUUUUAUCUUCCAAAUGGGUGGACUUGCAUUUGAGGCUGUGAGAGUUGUUAUGACACAGGUCAUGCUCAAUGGAGAGGGCUUGAAGAUGGAUGCCAUGGUCGGCCUCUACUACUACGCCCCUGUUGUCGCCAUCUUGAACCUUCUUGUGGCGCUCAUAAUUGAAGUACCACACUUUGAUGUGGCCGACUUUCACCGAGUUGGAUUUCCCACGCUAUUCUUGAACGCAGCCGUUGCGUUUACACUCAAUUUUACCAGCAUGGUUCUUAUUGGUAAAACCUCGGGUCUCGUUAUGUCUCUGUCAGGCAUAUUCAAGAACAUCUUGCUUGUUAUUUGCUCAGUUCUGAUCUGGCAUGUAACGAUCACACCUAUACAAUUGCUUGGCUACAGUAUCACCCUUUGUGCUCUUGUCUACUAUGCGUUUGGCCAGGAGAGAAUCUUCGAGGCCUACUUGUCUCUUAUAAACUGGUCGUCGGGUGUAGCAAGAGAAUUGGCCUCUAAAAAUGAUCGAUCAAUAUGGUCUCGAAAAGUCUUGCUGGUAUUAUUGGGCGUUAUGGUGAUUUUCAUAUCAGGCAUAACAUUUGUCACUCUCAAUAGAACGCAAUUACCUUAA